CUGUAUACAAAUCUAUUUCACUAGCACGCCAACCGCGUGGAAUACAAGUUGUUUACAGGAAGUAACGAUCUCGUAUUGAUAUUAUUUUUUACACACCUCGUGACUUUAAAAUUACUCUAAUAGAAAAAGUUUCUUUAUAAUUAUCAUUAUUAUCCUUUAUGAAGUAUUGUAUGAUAAAUAAUACAUAUGUUAUAAACAAUGACAGUGAUAUAACAAUGUUGAAAAUUCGCGAAGUGACUUGACUAUUAAAGUAAAUUCAAAUGGAUUAUUGUUAUUUUAAUGUAUUUUCAUUUUUUGGAAGAAAAAAGAAAAAUAUCGUCAAUUUAAUUUAAGGUUUAUCUAUAAUUGUUGAAAAUUGUUUUUUUUCUGUGAUAAAUAUUUAUAAAUAUAGUGUUAAAAAAAAAAAUAUAUAUAUAUAGCAACAUAAAUUAUGGGUUUUGAUCCUGUUUCCGAAGAACAACGGAAGCAGUUCUUCCGGCAAGGAUAUGGAUCUCAUUUACCGGGAUAUACCGGACAUUGUCCAACCCUUAAAUUUCGAGUCGGUAAAAGAUUUGGAGCGUGUACAGAAGAAAUAAUGAAAGAACUACUCGAGAAAAAUAUUUUGAAGACAGGACCUUAUAGACCAAAUGUUGGUGCAGAGGAAAUAAUAACUAUUCCCAAUGAGAAAGACAUUAGAAGAGAUUGGAAGAAUGACGGUCAAUAUUUUAAAACGACACCAUACAUCUUAGGGUAUACAGGUUAUAUUCCUGGUUUCAACAAUAAAUAUGGCUUGCCAUUUAUGAGGGCUGUUGAGGAAGGUGCUAAAGACUGGCGUGAAACACAAAGUAAAUUACGAGCACGAAGGGAUUCAAUGAGGGCUUACGCGGAAAGAAGAGAUCCACGAAAUCUUUUAUCACGCGUUCGACAGGACAAUGUACAAGUUGAGAAAGAUCAUGGUCAUCAUCAUCAUCAUCAUCACAAAGAAAGAAAAUUCUUUGGUAACUCUUUAAAAAAUCAUCACGUGUCACCGGAACGACCACCAAUUGUCGGAUACACGGGACACAUUCCAGGGGCAAAGGGUGAGGUAUCACUUUCAAAAAGGUAUACUCAAGCAGCGAAAAAAGGUUUGGAACUCCUUCAAAAGGAACGCGAUGAUCGAUUCAGCAGAAUUAAAGAUUCAAAUACAAUUCAAAGGGUUUUAGACGCUAAUUAUCUUGACGAAACAGGACACACGAGGGCUUAAUAAUAAUUAGCGAGAAAUUUAUCAUAAAAUCUAAAUUGAAAAAAUAAAAACAAAAAGAAUUUCUCUUUACAACUUUUUGAUAAAGAAAAAAAAAUUGUAUAUCAGUGCUUUAGUUAUCGUCAAUUUCAUUGAAAAUUACUUAAAAAUAUUUUCUGAAACAAAUAAAAAUUAUGUUUUUUCGAUUUUAAAUAAUUAUUUUUAUUCAAAUAAUAAAUUAUAAUAAUAAUUUUUUUAUUGCUUUAAAUUCUCAAAUUACUUAUAUGACGAUUACUAAAGCAAAGUUGACAAAAAAAAAAACUUGAUAAUUUCAUUUAAAAUAAAAAACAAUAAUUAAUUAUUUGUUAUUUUACGAGUAAUUAAAAAUAAUUAUUUCUUUUUAUCAUAAAAUAAAAAUUAAAAAUAACUCAAUUGGAUUAAAAAAGAAAAACAUCAAAAAAAAAAAAAAAACUCAAAAAGUUGUAAAGAAAAAAAAAUAUUGAAAGGAAUAAUAAACCUCCAAGGCUAUAUAAAAAGUUAAAAAGAUCGAGAAAAGAAUUACACUCAAAUCUCAAAAUAUGUGCCUAUUCCAAAUCUUUUCGCAAAAUUAUGAAAGGAUCUGUACAUUGAUUCCGUCCAUAUAGUGAAAACUUGAAAAUUUCUUUCUUUUUUUUUUUUAAAUAACAACAGUUAUUAUUUGUACUUAUAUUAUUUAUUUAUAAUUAUUAUUUUUUUACUUAUAAAUAUUAGUUAUUAUUGUAAAUUAGUUAUUUUUGUAAAUAUUAAAUAUUCAAUCACACUGCAUCGAUUGUAAAAGAACAAUCUAAGCCAUUAUUUUAACUAUUCAAUGAUCUUUUUUUUUUUCUUUUUUUUUUUUUUGAAUUUUUAAAUAAUUAUUCUUCAACGAAUUUCCAAUUGGAAACGUAACGAAGAAAAAUGAAAUUGUACUUACAAUAUGUGCUAGUAAUUCUUUUCGACAUUAUCGACAAGAAUAAUACAUAGCCAAUGUGUAAAGUAGUAGCUUUAAGAAAUAUUAAUAAUUAUUAUUAUUAAAAGCUAGUAAUAUAAUUAUGUAAAUAAAAAUUAAACAAAUGAAAAACAAAUCAUGUAAAGACACAAUAAAUACUCUUAUUCACAA